ACGCACGGAAGUGACCUACCUAAAAUGUUGUGGUUCAAGUGUAAUGAAAUUAUACCUGGAACUGCAAUAGGUGUUGGAUUUCUAGGGGUUGCAUUAAGUUUUUGUCUGUUUCUAUACGAAAUUGUACCUGUUCCAGAUCUCCAUAUAAUUUGCAGAAUGUCCCAGGCCUCUGAGGAAAACCUGGAAGUGUUCAGAGGAGAGAAAAAUGAGGCAUUUGUGCUUGGAUACACAGGAGAGGUGGGCAGAGAACUAAUACGAGACAUGGCGCUGCUAAAGGCAUUCAGCAAGGUCUACCUCAUAGGCAGGCGCUAUGUCAAACUUCCCGUCCACCUCGGUCCAGAAUUCGAACAGGUAACGGUGGACUUCGAUGAUCUAGAGGCAUAUUCCGACGUGUUUCGAAAUGUCAAAUAUGGAUUCUGCUGUUUGGGCACAACAAGAGCUAAAUCUGGAAAGAGAGGUUUUGUGAAAGUUGACCAUGAUUACGUAAUAAAAGCUGCAGAAAUUGCCAAGGGAGCAGGAUGUAAACAUUACUCGGUGAUGUCAUCCCAGGGGGCCGAUAAAAACAGCUCCCUUCUCUACCCUCAAACAAAGGGCCAGGUGGAAGAAGCUCUUAAGGUGAUGCAUUUUCAGCAGCUGUCAAUUUUCCGGCCAGGUCUGCUGCUCUGUGAUAGACGGGAAAGCCGCCCCAGUGAGACGUUUUUCAGGACAAUUCUAAAACCCAUGUCAUACUUUUUUCCUACUGCUGUCACAACGCCGGUGGAUGUGCUAGCCCGCGCGAUCAUCAAUGAUGCCAUCCAUCCAAUUCGGCACGAACCAGUGUUGUUGUACGAAAACAGAGCCAUUCAUUUUCUCUCUGGUAUUUCGAAACAAUGUAGCUGAGACGUACGAAAUAACAACGACACAUUACAUUAAUUUUAAGUCUGAUGGAAAUAUUUGAGUACCUUUUCAUUUCAAUCUGAAUGAAAUACUGCUGUGUCUCUGUAAAAACUUGUUCGGAUUACUUACAAUUAUCUUUCAUAAAAAGUAUCAGAGUGAUGAGAAAAGAUAAAUUAGAAGCUAUUGGCAGAGGUACAUAUUUGUCACUCUCUCCCUCUAUUUGCAACAGUGUUGUGGAUACAGUGUAUACUUCAUGUUCACAUAUAGUAAGCCUAUUAGGUAGGGGAAGGGAGCUUGGGGGGUGGGAGAGGGGAGAAGCUCGUUCAAAGAAAGGAGGCAUGCAUGAAGAACCUGUUUUCGUUUCCUGGUGUGACCGUCCUCAAUAUAAUGUUGAUAUUUCAUUAUACCCUUUUUAGUACACAAACGUUUUCACCAAUAUAUGCACUAGGCAAGAUAGAUCAGCUGCUGGCAAAUAUGCAAUUAAAUAACAACAGAACAGCCCUGUACUGCCAUAGUGUCUUUCAAACACAUACAUGUGAUGUGUAGGAGAUGACUAUGAUUAUCUCCCCUCCCUAUAUGAUUAUCUCCCCUCCCUAUAUGAUUAUCUUCCCUCCCUAUAUGAUUAUCUCCCCUCCCUAUAUGAUUAUCUCCCCUCCUUAUAUGGUUAUCUUCCCUCCCUAUAUGAUUAUCUCCCCUCCCUAUAUGAUUAUCUCCCCUCCCUAACUGUAUAAUGCUUGCCUCCUCUUCCAUGUUAUGCCCAAAAUAGAGUGGGUCAGGGAUGAUUUUGUAAUGUUUUAGAUCAGGUUGUCCCUUUAUCCAGCCAGUGUUUUAGUGAACUGAUAAGACUUUUUCUGUACAAAAUUGUCCCAGUUAUCCAGCUGUCUCACAGUUCAGCUAAUUUUAGGCUUGAUUAUUGCUUUCCACUGAUUUGUAUGAUAAACCACUGUUUGAACUGCUGAUGAUUUGGUUGGUGUCUGUACAAAAGAAAGCUAUAUACUUAGACUGUGUUACUAGUAUGACUGUUAUUAUAAAUAUGUAUAAGGAAAAGUGCAAUGCAAAUAUUACAGAUACUAUUAUAAUACAUUAUAUACUGUAGGCUUGGUCGAGUAGUAUUAUAAUACACUAUACAAUGUGUUUAGUGUAAGCUCUCUGUAGAAGUAUUACAAUACACUAUAUUUAGUGUUAGCUAUCUGUAAUUGUAUUAUAAUACACUAUGUCUACAGACUGUGGUGCAGUAUUACCAGGUACAAUACACUAUAUUUAGUGUAAGAUCUCUGUAGUAGUAUUACAAUACACUAUAUUUAGUGUAAGCUCUCUGUAGUAGUAUUACAAUACACUAUAUUUAGUGUAAGCUAUCUGUAAUUGUAUCAUAAUACACUAUUUCUACAGACUGUGGUGCAGUAUUA